AACAAUGUUUAUUUUCUUUUUUGACAGUUUUAUUAAUAAUAGAGUUAUGUGAAAUUAUAUAAGUAGUUGACUAAGUAUACAGAUAAGUAUAUGGCUUGUUCUUCAAAGAUAUUUGUUUAUCUAAGAAAAUACUUAUAUACGAAUUAAUUGAACUAUGAAUGGAUAUCAAAUAAGAACACUUUCGCUACAUAAUUUAGCAAAAAUUGCUUUUUACGGAAGUAUUCUUGUAACAACUUCAGGAUUGUCUUUAAAUUAUUUUAUUGAUAGAAGAAUUCGAAAAACAGUAACAUAUAAAAGGGUACUGGGAAUACUUUAUAAUCAUGAGAAAACUAUUGAACAUUUGGGACAACCGAUAAAAGAAGGAAAAUUAAAAGUUGAUCCUAAUAAUAAAUAUAAUGAUAUCAAGAAAUUCAGUCUUUAUCUGAAAGGAACUAAUACUAAAGGAAAAUUAAAUUGUGAGUAUCAAGUUGAAGCAGACAAUAGUGGAACCAAGAUAAAAAAAAUAGAAGUUGAAUUUAAUGAUGUUCCUAAUAAAAUCUUUGUGAUUCAUGAAUAGAUAUAACAAUGAAAUAUAUUGUU